AGAGACAAGAGUCGUUCCUUGCGUAAACAUUUAUUGAGUGGAGCCAUUGAAGCUUUUAUGUUUCUCGUGAAUCUUUUGAUUCAAGAAGUGUUAUUUAUUUCUUGAUACUUUUGUUUUCUCUUUUCUUGGCUACGGGUUUGCGUCAGGAUGAGUCAACUCGGAGAUCUGCUUAGAGAAACAGAAGAAGAUGGUGGAGGAGGAGGAGGAACAAGAAGUGAUGAGAGGACGACGAUGAUGUUGAGUUUACUAGAAGAAGACCAAAUCGACGGUGGAGAUCGAACGAUGAGCAAAUGGAGUUUGUUGAAGCAACGGCUGAGAUUUGAUUGGGUUGGUUGUUGCGGUAAGCCUCUCACUCUGCGUUUCAGAGCAUCAGAAACACCAAUCGUUGAUGAAGACGACGAGGAAGAAGAAGAAGAAGAAAGUCAAAACCGGGGCGUUGACUUUUCGGACCCGAGUUCGGGUACGGGUUCGGAGUUGGGUUGUUUGACACGUGGCGCGACGAGGAACCUUGCUGAGGCUUUGGCGGAGGAGAGAUUAGCGCACGUGACUGCUGAGACUUCAGUUGUUCCUGCUGCUAAAGUACCGUUGAUGAGGUUGCUUGCGGAAUCGGACGGCUGUGAUUCGAUGACGACGACGACGUGGACGGGUUGUGAUCCUGUGUGUUGCGUGUGUAUGGGAAGAGAGAAAGGUGCUGCUUUUAUUCCCUGUGGACAUACGUAUUGUAGAGUUUGUUCAAGAGAGAUUUGGAUGAAUCGUGGUACGUGUCCGCUCUGCAACCGUUCGAUAUUUGACGUUCUUGAUCUUUACUGAAAAGAUAAAAUUGUUGGAUUGAUGUGAUCGACGGUGGUUAUAUGUUUUGAUUUCUUUGUGCAUAAAUAUAUUUUUUAGUUACAAAGAAAGGAUGAUUAAUAUGAAAAGUUUACUUUUAGUU